GGGCUGGGGAGUUGGAUGCACCAAACCUGUGUGAGGCUGGAGGAGGCCCCUGCCAGACCCUCUCCAGGCCUGUGCUGCCAUUCAGCCUCUCCCCAGUCACACACUGAGCUCCAGAUCAGGGAAGGGCCGAAGACGACUAGCAGGGCAGCCGCAGAAGGGGCGGCUUGCGUGGGACGGGUCUCUCUGCACGUCUGGUCACCGGGGGGAAAGGAGGGGGCCUUCGGCGCGCGGGGCGGUGUCGCGCAGGCCCAGCCCCGCCUGCCCACGCCACCCAUUGGUCCCGAGCGUGAUGUUGCGGGCGGAGCAGGAAGGAAACCGCUCCCGAGCGCGGCGGCGGCGUAGUCUACCGGCAGUGCAGCUGCCGCUACCACCGCCUUCUGCCCACCGGCCUGUCCGCGUAUCCCCAGCAUGAGCGGCCUGCGCGUCUACAGCACGUCGGUCACCGGCUCCCGCGAAAUCAAGUCCCAGCAGAGCGAGGUAACCCGGAUCCUGGAUGGGAAGCGCAUCCAAUACCAGCUAGUGGACAUCUCCCAGGACAACGCCCUGAGGGAUGAGAUGCGAGCCUUGGCGGGCAACCCCAAGGCCACCCCACCCCAGAUUGUCAACGGGGACCAGUACUGUGGGGACUAUGAGCUCUUCGUGGAGGCCGUGGAACAAAACACGCUGCAAGAGUUCCUGAAGCUGGCCUGAGUCAAGCCUGCCCACAGUUCCCCUGCUGGACGCCAUCACCACACUCCCCCCAGCCUUCACCUGGCCAUGAAGGACCUUGUGACCAACUCCCUGUCAUUCCUAACCUGACCUUAGAGUCCUUCCCCCAACCCAGGCCACUUCUCCUCCCUUGUAAAUGUAGUCCCCCCUUCUCCAUUCAAAGGCAACAUUCCUUAUCCACUAGUCUUAGAAAUUGUCUUAAGCAACAGCCCCAAAUGCUGGCUGUCCCCAGCCAAGCCUUGGGACCACCAUCCUGCCUGACACUGGCUGAUGGGCACCUCUGUUGGUUCCAUCAGCCAGAGCUCUGCCAAAGGCCCCGCAAUCCCUCUCCAAGGAGGACCCUAGAGACAAUUAAAUGUCCUGUUCCAUUGGCA